AUUGUAUAGUCAUAAAUAGAUAAAUAAACCAAUUUCAGUAAUAGUUAUGGUAAAUGGUUAUUGUUAUAUGUACCUAUAUAGUAAAUGAAGAUUUAAUUGAAUUAAAGAAAUGGCUUCAGUUUUAUGUUGAACCUAUUAGUGAAGUAACUUCAAAAUGGCAAAAAACUUGUGAAAUUCGUAGAGAUUAUUUAUUGUCACAGAAUAUCAACAUAGCUGAUAUUCUUGACGAAUGGCCUAUUUUGAAACAGUCAUUUGCCUACAAUUUGAUUGAUAUUGAUUUUGAUUAUAUACAUCCUACAAAAGGAAACUCACUGUUUGUGAAGUGGGAUACAUUUAUUAUUAAUAUUAUUCCGUUAAUGAUCACUAACAUAAAAGAUGGAAACAGCAAAUUAUUACUCAAGCGUUUAAUAGAAAUUAAAGAAACAGAUAUUGAAACCAGAAAUCACUUAGUUUUGGAUUUAAUGAAUGCUCUAUUGGUUCCAACUUCCAGAUCAUUUGAAAUAAAUCCUCUUACCAACAAACGACGCAUUGUCAAAACAUCUAUUUCCGAUGCCAAAACGUCUUUUUUAUUACAAGUGGUUUCACUGAAUGAUUUACAUGUUCAAUGCCAAUUACAAAUUGACAACGCUUACAAAAACAAAGAAAAAGUACAACCAUUCAUAUGCAUUGUUGGAGCUGACAUAGAUGGUACAAAAGAUUUUUAUGUAUAUUAUUUCAAUACUUAUUAUAAAUUACCUAACAUAGUUCGUGCAUUAGACACAUGUUUUAAAAUUUUCCAAGUGUUCAAUUUACAGUAUCCCAUUCAAUCUGUUUUAGUUUGGACAUUUAUACAAAAAUUUCUCUAUGAUAUUCAUAAUGAGUGUGAUGUUAAAAGUUCUUCCUUAACAUCAUUAAUUUCUGAUUUAUCUACUAUUUAAAUUCUCAUAGUUAAAUUUAGUAUUUAUAAUAUUGUUAAUUCUUUUUUUUCAAACUAAUAUUUUGGUAACAUGACUCAUUUAAAUAA